AUGGGCACCGGCAGUAGGGUCCCAAGAGAAGUGGAGCCUGAAUACAUCGAUGAUGAAGAGAGGCUAUAUUCUGAUGUUGUGCAGAAUUUACGGCGGCCAUGUCGGGCUGAAAACCGAGAUGAGUGUGACAAUGAGGCUUUUGUGAUUGAUGAUGAGGAGGUUGAGGACGAAGACCUUCCAGCUAUUGAAUGGGACCCUGCAAACUCUCAGAUGGAAGAAGGUACCAUCUUUGCAUCCAUGAGUGAGUGUAGAAAUGCACUUGUGACAUACUGCAUCAGGGCAGAGCGUACAUUUGAAGUUGACAAGAGCGACAGAGUACGUUACAGAGUGCACUGUCCGACUGAAGAUUGUCCAUGGAGGAUGCACGCGUCUAAAAUGCGAAAUAGCACGAAUGUUCAAGUCAAAGUGAACCCUUUUAGGCACACAUGCCUGGAAUCAACCCUGAGGAAGGAAACAAUCAGUAGAGCCAAGUCAAGAUGGGUGGCUGAAGAAGUAAAACGGUGGGUGACAGAAGACCAUCAAGUGGGUACAAAGGAGUUGCAGAAGAAGCUCAAAGAAAAGUUCAAGAUAGAGGUACCAUACAUGAGGGUUUUCAAUGGAAAACAACAUGCUAUGGAUUCUAUUUAUGGUAAUUGGCAGGAAAGUUUUAAACUGUUGUAUUCAUUUAAGGGUGAAGUGGAGAAGACCAGCCCAGGUAGUAUUGUAGAUAUUGAUCACCACACCGUGGAGUACACGUUGAGGGGAAUGACAAUGACCAAAGAGUGCUUUAGAAGGGUUUUUGUCUGCUUUGAGGCUUGUCGCCGGGGUUUUUUGGAAGGCUGCAGGCCCUAUUUGGCUAUUGAUGCUACUUUUCUCACAGGGAGGUUUAAAGGACAGUUAGUAGCAGCUUGUGCAGUUGAUGGACACAAUUUUGUAUUUCCGAUUGCUUAUGGCGUGAUAGAGGCAGAGUCUGAGGAGAGCUGGACUUGGUUUUUGCAGAAUCUGCGCCGGGCUAUUGCACAUCCCAAUGGGUUGGUAAUUCAUACAGAUGCUUGCAAGGGUUUAGAAGUAGCCGUGGACAAUGUGUUCCCUGGAGUAGAGCAUAGGGAAUGCAUGCGUCACCUUGCUGCAAAUUUUGGGAAGAAAUUCAAAGGAAAGGUGUAUGCCGACAAUUUAUGGCCAGCAUCUUUGACUUGCAGUGUGAAGAAGCACAACUAUCACAUGAGGCAGUUAUACAAAAAUGACAAAGUGAAGGAAUAUUUGGAAACACACCACUCCAAGUUAUGGGCCAGAAGCCAAUUCAGUGAAGUGAGCAAAGUUGACUAUGUGCAUAAUAAUCUUGCAGAGUCUUUCAACUCAACGAUCCGAAAACUAAAGGGUCUUUAUUUGGCGGAUUUGCUUGACAAGAUAAGGGUAGAAUACGUGCAGAAAUUUCUUGUUCGAGCAGGAAUAGCCGAGGCAAAAUUCAUGGGACACAUUAUAAUCCCUUCCGUGAUGAAUGAAUUGAAGCAGAAAACAAGAGGCUUGGAAAUGGACAUGACUCGUUGCUCAGCUACGACGGCAGAGGUAUCAUUUUUGGAUAAAGAGAAGAGGGAAUGGAGAUAUCCAGUGGAUUUAGAAGCUAGAACUUGCAGUUGUAGGCAAUGGCAGAUAACUGGGUUGCCAUGCAUUCAUGCCUUGUUUUUCAUCACUACUCUGUCAGGUCAAGCAGGUAACAUACAACAGUAUGUGCAUGAUUACUACUCUGUUGCAAAGUUCAAAGCCACAUAUGCACAUGCCUUACCUGCUUUGGAGGGAAAACAACAAUGGGAUCCAGUGGACCCUGGUUUUAAGCUUUGCCCUCCAGUUCUGAAGAGAGCAGCAGUAGAUCCAGCGUUCGGAGAGUGUUUUGAUGUUUCAAAUGAUGAGAAAAAUGAUGAUCAAAAUGAGGAUGCAGUGGAGGCUACAAGUGAUGAUCCAAGUUCGAACAAAGUUGUGGCAGUGAGCUCUGAGGUUGUUAAGGUGCCGACAACCAAGAGGAGAAGAAAAGAAGCAAUGAGCACAAGGAUCACAAGGAGCAAAGUAGUGCCAAGAAGCGCGAGGACCAAGAAGAAGCCGCAACGCUUUGUAGAUGAAUGA